ACGGUAAUUAUGAAUACGACGAGCGGCACGAGGGAAUGUACAGGCCGGACGACGGUAAAUCGUCGGGUAGCGGGCCUCGUCACUUCCGUUCAUCAACUACCAUGGAGCCUGUGGAACCGUGGAUGCUUCCUGAAGUUCAAGAACACUUCGCCCGGUUAAUCUCACCGAACUGCACGCGAUCGCAUCGGGAACCUAUGUUCAAUAUGCAAAGCUCAGCAAUACCGAAGUGUAACGUCGUGAAAAAGGAAAAUGAAGCUGUUUGCUCGAGUCUCCAAUCAAAUUGGAACGAAGGCUCGAAAAAGCGACGUCAAAAAAUUAGUCCGAAGAAGAACAAAAAAGUUGGAUUACAUGAUGAAUUACUUUCAAUUCAUAAAUCGAAAACCCAUAAUGGACCACCUGAGAAGUCGAUCGAAAUGUUCGCCCGUCAUCGUCGAUACAUCAUCGAAACCGCCGCAGAGAUGCAACUGGAGUCUCGAAUCGGGAGCGAUGCUGUGCGCAAUAUAUGGAACUCUGAAAAGCUCCAUCAACCGCAACAGCAACACCAGCAAAAUCAUCAGCGAAUCGCGCGACAAACGCAGCCAACCGUCCAGAAUCAUCAACAACAAUUUUACUGCACCUUGCAGUAUCAACCUCUGCUUCUGAGAUCAGAGUAUCAGAGAAGGAUGUUGCAAUCAUCAGCUCAACCACCACCGCCACCUCCAUCACUUCCGAUUUUAAGCGCCGAGGUGCCAGAAUUCUUCCCAAAAUCGAAUUUACCUUCGAUAACAGCCUACAGCAUGAAUAAUAGCGAUAAGAAUCGCAGGGCUUGUCAGAUUCGUUACUUUCCGUCCUUGAAUGACAGAAAUUAUCAGACCGAUCUAUUUCCUUACAAUAGACCGCAACACGAGAUCGCGACGAGCGUUUUUCCGAACACCAGAAUGUCUAUCCUACCAGCGACCGAAAGCAACACGUUCCGUUCACCCCAGGAAUGGAUCCAAAGGAUCGCACCACCGGUGCAGUUACAAUUAACAGCGUCUUCUUCGUCACCUCUGCCGAUCUGCACGUCCUUGCGAUCGAUUCACGACGCUGCGAUCGUUCACCGUCCUUUGCAGAUAUACGAGAAAUUUUUGCCCUACACCCAACCGAAUCCGACGACAUCCAUACCCGUGUAUCAACGACCAAUGGAGUUGUACCAGGAACCGACGUCAAAGCGAAAAAGUCAGGGGGUCGACUUCAACAACCUCAUACUGUUGACGAAAAAUAACAUCAAGACGCGACGUUCGAAGAACACAGCUCAACAACCCUUCCUCCUGGAGUCCUCCAAGCAGAAUCUGAGAACUUCUCACAAUCAGUCUUCCAGUCGCAACAUGCAAGUGCAGUGGUUCGACAAGGAUCGUGGCACGAAGGGGUCAAAGGAGGUCGUGACCGUGAACGCAUUGGUAUCCGAAUUGCGCAGCUUCGAGGAGAAGUACGAAUGUUGCAGAGGAGCCGGCACCAGCUGGAGAACCGCCGUUGAGAAUCAACAAAGACCGUCCGAGAGUUCGAGAUCAAGAAAUAAAAUUUUCGGCGGCGACAGCUCGAGAUGUAGAACCUCGGAUGCCGAAGAGAGGAACAGGAGGACUAAACGGCCGCUUUACAGAGACGUCCUGGCGAACGCCUCGAGCGGAGGAAUCCUGGAGAACGUCUUCGAGAAAAGAUACGACGAACUCGAGCAACAAGCGAUGGAACAGUACAGAAACUCGGAAGAGUCGCUGGCCCUCAAAUACCAGGAAUUGGAACGUCAAGCGAUGGAGCAAUAUAGAAAUAGUACAGCAGGUGAGAGGCGUUUGGUAUCUUCCGAGGACCAAGAUUGCCUCGAUGGACAGAGAUGUUCGGGACAUGGACAAUGCAGUCCUUCCAGAGAACGUCCAGAAAAAAAGAGUAAAUUCGACAUGAAAUGUUCUUGCUUUCCGCAAAUCACCCUGUUGAAACCGAAAGGUAAAUCUCUGCCGAACGUCUUUCGCGGAUCAUCGUGUAAUGAUAAUCAACAACCAGCCAUAGCUUCGAGAAGCUUAUCUGCCUUGACUGACAGACCACCGAAGGAAUCGAAAAACAUAUGUAAGGGUGCAUCAGGAGAUAAAAUCGAUACAAAUGUCUCAGUUCGGACAUCAUCGAAGCGGCAUCUGAUACUGAUGUCACCCUUCGAGCGCAAAUCAGAGGCCAGACGAAUAAUGAAGACGGAUUUACGAGAGAUUUGUUCACUUUCCGAAGCGAGAAGAAACGUGCUUGGAUAUUAUCGGACCUCCGAAAUCGCUCGGGAUGGCAGCGGGGAAAACAUAACGAUCAUACAGUCACCCAGCACAGAAGUUUGGUUGUCUGGAUUCUGGACUACCUGAAGAGAAAAGUCAAUUAAAUGAGUCUUCUUGAAAAUGAUUGAAAGUUUGAAACUAUUUGAUGACGACGUUGAUUAGUUACUUCUGAGAAAUUUUUGAGAAUCAAGAAAAGCAAAUAUGUGAUAUAAUUGACAUAAAUAUAUAUUAUGCAAAUAUAAUAAUAUAUGAAAGAAAAGUUAUCGCGCAUAAUCAUGCGAUAUGCAUUAUAUAUACUGAUAUAUUAUACAAUCGACGAUUUACAU